AUGGCUUCCUACAUGGAUCACUCGUACACGCUGGUGCAUCAGGAUAACUCUGCCGACCAGCCUACGGUUCAAGAGUUGAAGACACAGCUGGAAAAGGGCACCGAUGAGACCAAGCUGGAGACCAUGAGGACUAUCCUUAUUAUGAUGCUGAACGGAGACCCGAUGCCACAACUGCUGAUGCACAUUAUCCGCUUUGUUAUGCCGUCUAAAUCCAAACCUCUCAAGAAACUGCUCUACUUCUACUAUGAAAUCUGCCCCAAACUCGACGCCAAUGGCAAGCUGAAGCAGGAGAUGAUCUUGGUCUGCAACGGUAUUCGGAAUGACCUGCAGCAUCCUAAUGAGUACAUUCGGGGAAACACCCUUCGAUUUCUCUGCAAGCUUAGAGAGCCGGAACUACUAGAACCGCUGCUCUCGUCCGCACGCCAGUGUCUCCGCUACAGACAUGUAUACGUACGAAAAAACGCAGUGUGGGCCAUUGCUUCUAUAUUCCAGCACUCUGAAUCCUUAAUUCCCGAUGCCGCAGACCUCCUUUUGGCCUUCUUAGAGACAGAGACCGACCCCACCUGUAAACGCAACGCUUUUGCAGCUUUGAUCACCAUCAGCCAUGAGAGUGCGUUGGUAUAUCUCAGCUCUACCUUUGACGGCGUAGCAAAUGCCGACGAGCUGCUUCAACUGGUAGAGCUGGAGUUUAUAAGAAAGGACGCUGUACAGAAUUCCCAGAAUAAGGCAAGAUAUCUUCGGUUGAUUUUUGAUCUUUUAGACGCAAAUACAAGCACGGUCGUGUAUGAGGCAGCUACCUCUCUAACGGCACUGACAUCGAACCCCGUGGCUGUAAAAGCUGCGGCUGCAAAGUUGAUCGAACUAUGCAUUAAAGAGGCAGACAACAAUGUUAAGCUUAUUGUACUAGAGCGUGUUUACCAGCUCAUGAAGCGUAACGAGGGGGUCCUGGAUGAUUUGACAAUGGAGAUCCUACGCGUUCUCUCCAGUCCUGACAUCGAUGUGCGACGAAAGGCCUUGUUUAUCGCUCUUGAGAUGGUCUCCAGCCGAAAUGUUGAGGAGAUCGUUCUUUUGCUCAAGAAGGAGCUUGCAAAAACCGUCGAUGAACAAUAUGAGAAGAACAAUGAAUAUCGACAACUUCUCAUCCAGUCCAUCCAUCAAUGCGCCAUUAAGUUCUCCGAGAUUGCUGCCAGCGUCGUCGACUUGCUCAUGGACUUUAUUGCCGAUUUCAACAACAACUCUGCUGUCGAUGUGAUAAGUUUCGUCAAGGAGGUCGUUGAAAAAUUCCCAAAGCUCAGACCAUCCAUUGUUGAGCGGCUAGUUUCUACUCUUGAUGAAGUACGCGCCGGUAGGGUAUAUCGCGGCGUCCUGUGGGUUGUAGGUGAAUACUCGCUCGAAGCAAACGAUAUCAGAGAGGCCUGGAAGCGCAUCCGCGCCAGCUUGGGAGAAAUCCCCAUCCUCGCCUCGGAACAACGUCUGCUGGAUGAAGGCCCCGAUGCCGGUGCUGCAGGCCAGGACUCCGUCAACGGGCAUGCCAAGUCGACAACUGGUCCCAGGGUUUUGGCAGACGGCACGUAUGCACAGGAAUCUGCUUUGACCAGCGAGUCUGCAGCCGCAGCCAAACUAGCGGCCGUCAAGGCAGCGCAGAAACCACCAUUGAGACAGCUCAUUCUGGAUGGAGACUACUACCUUGCAACAGUCCUUUCCUCGACACUUACAAAGCUUGUCAUGCGCCACUCCGAGCUUUCACAGGAUGUAGCUCGGACCAAUGCUCUCCGCGCCGAGGCCAUGCUGAUCAUGAUUUCCAUCAUCCGUGUUGGCCAGUCGCAAUUUGCGAAGGCGUCGAUCGAUGAAGACUCCGUUGACAGAAUUAUGUCCUGUGUACGAUCAUUGGCCGAGUCUGCUCAACGGAAAGAGCUUGAGGCUAUCUUUUUGGAAGAUACGAGACAGGCGUUCCGCGCUAUGGUUCAAGUAGAUGAGAAGAAGCGAGCCGCUAAGGAGGCGGUUGAAAAGGCUAAGAAUGCCGUCCAAGUGGACGACGCUAUACCCAUUCGACAGCUGGCAAAGAGGUCUGGUGAAGAGGGCGCAGAGGAGAUCGAAUUGGAUCUGGCCAAAGCUACUGGCGGUGACUCGACACUUGAAGACCUCACCUCUAAGCUUAGCAGAGUUGUCCAGCUUACUGGAUACUCCGAUUCAGUCUAUGCAGAGGCAUAUGUCAAGGUCCAUCAAUUCGAUAUUGUCCUCGACGUGCUUCUCGUCAACCAAACCACAGAUACCCUCCAGAAUCUCUCUGUUGAAUUCGCUACACUCGGUGACCUCAAGGUUGUUGAACGACCUACAACCCAGAACCUUGGACCUCAUGACUUCCUAAACGUCCAAGCCACAAUCAAGGUAUCCUCGACUGAUACAGGCGUCAUAUUCGGUAAUGUCAUAUAUGACGGAUCUAGUUCCGCAGAGACCCAUGUAGUGAUUCUCAAUGACAUCAAGGCCGAUAUCAUGGAUUACAUACAACCAGCUCACUGCAGUGAAACCCAGUUCAGAACCAUGUGGACUGAGUUUGAAUGGGAAAACAAGGUUAACAUCCACUCCAAGGCCAAGAGUCUGAGAGCUUUCCUGCAACAACUCAUGGAUCGCACAAACAUGAGCUGUCUUACCCCUGAAGCCUCCCUAGAAGGAGAUUGCCAGUUCUUAAGCGCCAAUUUAUACGCAAGGAGCGUCUUCGGCGAGGACGCUCUUGCGAACUUGAGUAUCGAAAAAGAAGGUGAAGACGGUCCGAUCACGGGCUUCAUGAGGAUAAGAAGUCGAUCUCAAGGGUUGGCGCUUAGUUUGGGUUCUCUUAAGGGCAUAAAGGCUAACUCUGUUUAAUCAUGAUAAUCUGUUAUUUUGAUGUUGAUGAAAAAGGUAGAUAUCUAUUCUAGUCAUUGG